CCAACCUGAAGUUAAGCCCGGUCCAUCGAGGGCGUCCGGUCGUCAAGGUCACCCCGUCCACCACCAUCCCACCAGACCACGCUAAACCCUAUUCCUGUUUCCCCUCGCCGCCAGCCCGCCACCGCCGCGAUGUCGUCGGAGCCCGCGCCCGCCUCUGCCUCCACGGAGGAGCUCGAGGCUGACCUGUCCGCCGCGACCAUCAGCAAGAAGCAGCUAAAGAAGGACGCGCGGAAGGCGGAGAAGGCCGGGAAGGCGUCGCAGCGCCAGCAGCAGCAGCAGCCGCAGGCGGAGGAGGCCGACCCCUUCGCGGCCAACUACGGCGAUGUCCCCGUCGAGGAGAUCCAGUCCAAGGUCAUCUCCGGCAGGACCUGGACCGACAUCGGCGACCUCGACGAGGCCGCCGCGGGCCGCUCCGUGCUCAUCCGCGGCUCCGCGCAGACGCUGCGCCCCGUCAGCAAGAAGAUGGCCUUCGUCGUGCUGCGCCAGAGCAUGAGCACCGUGCAGUGCGUCCUCGUCGCCAGCCCCGACGCCGGCGUCAGCACGCAGAUGGUGCGCUUCGCCACCUCCCUCAGCAAGGAGAGCAUCGUCGAUGUCGAGGGCAUCGUCACCCUCCCCAAGGAGCCCCUCAAGGCCACAACACAGCAGGUUGAGAUCCAGGUUAGGAAGGUCUACUGCAUCAAUAGGGCGAUCCCCACACUUCCGAUCAACCUUGAGGAUGCGGCCCGUAGUGAAGCAGAAUUCGACAAGGCUGAACAAAAUGGAGAGAAGCUGGUACGAGUUCUUCAGGACACACGCUUGAACUAUCGAGCUAUCGAUCUACGGACACCUGCGAAUCAAGCAAUCUUCCGCAUCCAAUGCCAUGUUGAGAACAAAUUCAGAGAAUUUUUGUUCUCGGAGAACUUUAUCGGGAUCCACAGUCCAAAGUUGAUUGGUGGAUCAAGUGAAGGUGGUGCAUCUGUAUUCAAGCUGGAGUACAAUGGCCAGCCUGCUUGUUUAGCACAAUCUCCCCAAUUAUACAAGCAGAUGAGCAUCUGUGGUGGCUUUGGCCGCGUGUUUGAGGUUGGUCCUGUAUUUAGAGCAGAAAAGUCAAACACUCACAGGCAUCUGUGUGAGUUUAUUGGGUUGGAUGCUGAGAUGGAGAUCAAGGAGCACUACUUUGAGGUUUGUGAUAUCAUAGAUGGCUUAUUUGUAGCAAUAUUCAAACACUUGAAUGAAAAUUGUCAGAAGGAACUUGAGACAAUAAAUAGGCAGUAUCCAUUUGAACCUCUGAAGUACCUAGAGAAAACCUUGAAGCUGACGUACGAGGAAGGGAUUAAAAUGCUGAAGGAAGCCGGAACUGAAAUUGAGCCUAUGGGUGACCUUAACACUGAAGCUGAGAAGAAACUUGGUCGGCUUGUUAAGGAGAAGUAUGGCACAGAAUUUUUCAUCCUCUAUCGAUAUCCUUUGGCUGUGCGCCCUUUCUACACCAUGCCUUGCUACGAUGAUCCAGCUUACAGCAACUCUUUUGAUGUCUUCAUUCGAGGUGAGGAAAUUAUUUCUGGAGCGCAAAGAAUACAUACGCCUGAACUUCUGAGGAAACGUGCAAUCGAGUGUGGAAUUGAUGCGAGUACUAUUGCAUCGUACAUUGAAUCAUUCAGCUACGGUGCACCUCCUCAUGGCGGUUUCGGGGUCGGGUUGGAGAGAGUGGUUAUGCUGUUCUGCGCCCUCAACAACAUCAGGAAGACAUCGCUUUUCCCUCGCGACCCACAGAGGCUCGCGCCAUAAGUUUCCUUUCUGCGUCGACAGCUUGCACCAUGGUUGUCAUCAUCUUCACCAAUCUGCUAGUCAAGUACUGAAACAACCUACGAUGAUGGGUGCAGCGAUGAUGGGUGCAGCGUGGUUCAUUACGUUUGAGUUAAUGGCGUGGCCAAUGUGUAGCACCGUCAGUGUGUGUUGGAGCUUCUGUUAAUACUCACAAAGCUGCUUAUGUUGAUAACCAAUCUCGAACAAAAUGAAAAUUAAUCUGCUUUUCCAA